AGUGUAUGUGUAGUUACAUAGAUUAUCAUACAUAGCAGUGUAUGUGUAGUUACAUAGAUUAUCAUACAUAGCAGUGUAUGUGUAGUUACAUAGAUUAUCAUACGUAACAGUGUAUGUGUAGUUACAUAGAUUAUUCAUACGUAACUGUGUAUGUGUAGUUACAUAGAUUAUCAUACGUAACAGUGUAUGUGUAGUUACAUAGAUUAUCAUACAUAACAGUGUAUGUGUAGUUACAUAGAUUAUCAUACGUAACAGUGUAUGUGUAGUUACAUAGAUUAUCAUACGUAACAGUGUAUGUGUAGUUACAUAGAUUAUCAUACGUAACAGUGUAUGUGUAGUUACAUAGAUUAUCAUACGUAACAGUGUAUGUGUAGUUACAUAGAUUAUCAUACAUAGCAGUGUAUGUGUAGUUACAUAGAUUAUCAUACAUAGCAGUGUAUGUGUAGUUGCAUAGAUUAUCAUACAUAGCAGUGUAUGUGUAGUUAUAUAGAUUAUUUUACAUAGUAUGUGUGUAGUUACAUAGAUUAUUUUACAUAGCAGUAUGUGUGUAGUUACAUAGAUUAUCAUACAUAGCAGUGUAUGUGUAGUUACAUAGAUUAUUUUACAUAGCAGUAUGUGUGUAGUUACAUAGAUUAUUUUACAUAGCAGUAUGUGUGUAGUUACAUAGAUUAUUUUACAUAGCAGUAUGUGUGUAGUUACAUAGAUUAUCAUACAUAACAGUGUAUGUGUAGUUACAUAGAUUAUCAUACAUAGCAGCAUGUGUGUAGUUACACAGAUUAUCAUACAUAGCAGUGUAUGUGUAGUUACACAGAUUAUCAUACAUAGCAGUGUGUGUGUAGUUACACAGAUUAUCAUACAUAGCAGUGUAUGUGUAGUUACACAGAUUAUCAUACAUAGCAGUGUGUGUGUGUAGUUACACAGAUUAUCAUACAUAGCAGUGUGUGUGUAGUUACACAGAUUAUCAUACAUAGCAGUAUAUGUGUAGUUAUAUAGAUUAUCACACAUAGCAGUAUAUGUGUAAAGAGCCCAGGAUAACCCAAAAAAAGUCAGUGACUUAUUUCCAUUGUUCAGUAUUAAUCUGUAUUUGUACAAGUACAUGUACAAGGUAUACAAGUACAUGUACAAGGUAUACAAGUACAUGUACAAGGUAUACAAGUACAUGUACAAGGUAUACAAGUAUAUGUGCAAGGUAUACAAGUACAUGUACAAGGUAUACAAGUACAUGUGCAAGGUAUACAAGUACAUGUACAAGGUAUACAAGUACAUGUGCAAGGUAUACAAGUACAUGUGCAAGGUAUACAAGUACAUGUACAAGGUAUACAAGUACAUGUACAAGGUAUACAAGUACAUGUACAAGGUAUACAAGUACAUGUACAAGGUAUACAAGUACAUGUACAAGGUAUACAAGUACAUGUACAAGGUAUACAAGUACAUGUACAAGGUAUACAAGUACAUGUGCAAGGUAUACAAGUACAUGUACAUGUGCAAGGUAUACAAGUACAUGUGCAAGGUAUACAAGUACAUGUACAAGGUACACAAGUACAUGUGCAAGGUAUACAAGUACAUGUACAAGGUAUACAAGUACAUGUGCAAGGUAUACAAGUACAUGUACGUGUACAAGGUAUACAAGUACAUGUGCAAGGUAUACAAGUACAUGUACGAGGUAUACAAAUACAUGUACAAGGUAUACAAGUACAUGUACAAGGUAUACAAGUACAUGUACAAGGUAUACAAGUACAUACAUGUACAAGGUAUACAGACCAUAGCUGACAUGUAUAGUGGAGCCUCUACUUGCGAGUGUGUCCAUGUGCGAGUUUUUCCAAAUACUUACGACUUACGUCCUGCUCGACAUAAGUCCACUCGACUUACGACCGUGCAUCUGGCAGCUUGGCUGGGCCAGCUGAUGCACACCACUGUACAAUAUUUGACGAUACUCGCGGCGGCAAUGUGUCAUGCAGGCAGUAUCAGUUUGAAUAACCCUGUCCUAUCAGCAGCAUCAUACUGUAUUAACUGUACUAUCUGGACAGUAAAUUUCACCAUGGCCCCUAAGAUGAAGUCUGAAUCUUGCACUGGAGAUUGUGGCAAGAAAGGCUCUUACUCUCAAACUCUCAAUUUGUUUUCACUGUUGCACAUAAACCUGUCUGUAUCUGCCUGUAUAUUUCUGUAUCUCUGUGUGUCUGUUUAUCUGUCUGUCUGUAUCUGUGUGUCUGUCUUUGUCUACCUGUGUGUCUGUCUUUCUGUCUACCUCUGUGUCUGUCUUUAUGUCUACCUGUGUCUGUCUUUGUCUACCUGUGUCUUUCUACCUGUGUGUGUCUUUCUGUCUACCUCUGUGUCUGUCUACUUGUGUCUGUCUUUAUGUCUACCUGUGUGUCUUUCUGUCUACCUGUGUAUGCCUUUUUGUCUACCUGUGUGUUUGUCUUUCUGUCUACCUGUGUCUGUCUUUCUGUCUGCUUGUCUCUCUGAGUCACUCAUUAAGAGUGUAAUUGGUCUUGAAAAUGCCAUAUUAAUAAUGAUAAUAACACAAUAAUAAUCACUGAGGUGCAUUAAAUGUAGGCAUUUUGCUUAAUCCAUCUAUGAUUUCUUUUUCAAAAUUAUAUAAUAAACAUGCUACAUAACAUAUAAACAUAUAACUUAACAAAUAUGAGAUGUUUUUCUGGUCGGCUUGACAGAGUGAACAGAAACCAUUCGUGUCCGGGCUGGUAACAACAACGACGUUUCUUUACAUAACUCGCCAACCUUCUACCCUCUCAUUCUCUCUCAUUUAAUCUUGUUUACUCACCUCUCACUCUACAUUAAGACUACAGAUAUUUUAAGGUAAGUAAUGAGUGGACAUGAUUAUUAUAUUUAAGUUUAAUAAUAUUAAUAUUAGUGCAUAUGUAUUAUUGUAAUAAUAAUAAUAAUAAUUAUUAAUACAGUGGAACCUCAAAAGUCGAACUGCUCCCAACACAACCAAUUAAUGCAUAAAAUGCAUAAAAACAUUCUUAUCUUGUAUAAUCUGUGGUUGCUGUCAGGUCUUUUAUCAGAGAAGUGUAGCAUACGUAACAGUAGAAGUCUGUUGAUGAGGAUAAUAUUACUGAAGUCUGGGGUAGAAAUUAAGAGGAUUGUGUGGAGAAGUGAGGACCCAGGGAGGUGACUGCUUUGUGAUGAACAUUAGUACAUGGUCAAGAACAAUGGCUGGGAGGAUCCUUAAUGCAAGGAAUUGAACCUGUCAUGAACCAGGCAGUGCUGUAUUACCAGCACUCCCAAGUUUCAACUUGUAUCCUUUUGUACUCUGGGCUCUUGAACCAAGGAAUUAGAACUGUCUGCUUUACCUGGAUUGAACCCUUAAUGAAAGGUGUCUUGAGUCAAGGAAUUGGAGAUCACCUUUUUUUUUGUGAUUAUUGCCUUAUAUUCUCAUAAGGUACUGCAUAACCCUUAAGAGUUUAGCUCACCCCCAUCCUGAUAAUGUAGUAUCCAUUGCAUUUCCUUUUCUUCCCUCUCCCUUUCUCUAUCCCUGCUAACCUGCAUAUUCCUAUCCUCGCCCAUCCUAAUGCAGGUGGAGUUGUGGACAGGGACAAGCAUGUAAGUCUGUGAGAGGCAGCACCUCAGGGAGUGGAAUAAGCCCGCAAGCAUGGUCCCCCACUGGUUCCCCAAUGGGUUACCCUCGGGGGUUUCUCAAAGGGGGGAAGACUUUUCACCUACCUCUAGGGUGUAGUGCUGUAUAGCCCUUGUGCUUUAGCACUUCAUUCUGAGUAUAACCUAAGGUCUAGUAAGUGGCUGGUGGGGGGGACGAGUCCUCACCUGACAAGCCUGACUGACACUCUCUUCAUAAUGCUCAGGGAUGACCCACAUUAUGUUAGCAGACAAGCAGCAGCACAGCGAUCCUCACAGCAUGUAAGACUGCCGGAUCUUACUGGAUAACCAGGAGACCACUAACGGCCUGUAAUCCUGCCCUCUGUCAUCCUAAGUCAUUCCAUGUACCUUACCUUUGAUCAGCCUGUAAUCCUACCUGCACACCCAUCCUAAGUCUCUCCGUAUAUUUUCCCUCUGAUCUCUCCCUCGUAUUCUCAUGCCCUCAUCUCUUCCUCUCUCUUUACCAAGUCUCACUCUUGUCUCUUCCUCUCUGCUUACCAACUCUCACCCUCAUUUCUUCCCUGUGAGCAGUAAAAGUUUAAGGUUUUUAAGAGAAAUGAUAUAAAUAGACUUUUGUGAAUAAAUUAUAAUUUUCA